AUGACUGAAUCAAUAGAUAAAUCUAAAAGAAAACAAUUUGGUAAUAGGUUUUUAGAAAACGACGAUGACGUUUUUAAACACAAUGCUUGGGAUAAUGUGGAAUGGAACGAAGCACAAGAAAUUGAAGCUCUGUCACAAGUAUGUGCCCAUGUAAAAACAAAAAUGCCUUCAGAAAAAGCUGCUGAUUUAGAAGAUAAUGCCGAUGAAUAUUGGGAUAAAUUUUAUUCUGUCCAUCAAGAAAAAUUUUUUAAAAACCGAUGUUGGUUGUUUACGGAGUUUCCUGAAAUAACUUCACUUAAAAAUGAAAAACCAAGUUUUAUAUUAGAAGUGGGAUGUGGCGUUGGAAAUUCGGUCUACCCUAUAUUAGCACACUGUGUAGACAGCAAUGUACAUGUAUACUGUUGUGAUUUCUCUUCAAAUGCCAUAAAAAUCUUAAAAGAAAAUUCAGAAUACAACGAUGAACACUGUACAGCAUUUGUAUGUGAUGUAACUAGUGAUGAAUGGAAUCCACCAUUUGCCUUAGAGAGUUUGGAUGUUAUAUUAUUGGUUUUUGUUCUUUCCGCCUUACAACCUGAAAAAUUAAAACAUGUGGUAGGUCAGUUUUAUAAGUACUUGAAACCAGGAGGUAUGGUAUUGUUUCGCGAUUAUGGUAGAUAUGACAUGGCACAGUUAAGGUUUAAAGAAGGAAGAUGCAUAUCAGAAAAUUAUUAUAGUAGAGGCGAUGGGACGUUGGUACACUUUUUUACUCAAGAUGAUGUUCAACAAUUAUUUUUGGGAGCUGGAUUUGAACAAGUUCAAAAUAUAGUUGAUCGUCGUAUGCAAGUUAAUAGGGGUAAACAGUUAAAAAUGUAUCGUGUUUGGAUUCAAUGUAAAUAUAAGAAACCAAUUUUAUAA